GUAAAACAGUACAGAGAAGCAGAAAAUGUGAGUAGCAAGCAGUAGAAUGAAGCAAGCACGCGCAGGGAUUUGUUUACGCAUAUACAGAACCCACGUGAGCCGCAUCCUCCCAACGCGCACUCGACGCGCUUAAGAAAAAGUGCAUGAAGACAAAGUCGGCAACGAGCAGACGAGUAUCAGAGUGAUUUUGACGAGAGUAUGGACCGCUCGCGCGAAGAGGAGUUUGUGGAUGCGCCGCCGGUGGGCGAGGAGGAAGUCGGCGCAGAGUACGUGGAUGAGGACGAGGUUAUGGCGUCUGAUGAGCGCGAGGCGGAUGAUGAUGAUGAGCAAGGAGAAGGGGCAGCGACUGGUGCGGAGACGGCGGAGCAGAUGCCAGAGAUUCCACUCAAAGAUAUCGGCAACCAAGCGAUCUGGACGCUGUCGACGUGGAAGCCCGGGUUCGGCGUGACGGCGCUGCUGUCUGAAAACACGGAUCUGUACUGGCAAUCCGACGCGCCGCAACCGCACCAUGUCGAUAUCCAUUUCGCGAAGCGGGUCGAGAUUGCAAAGAUCAUGCUGUAUUUGGAUUACAAGCGGGACGAGUCGUAUACGCCGUCGAAGAUCGCGGUGUUUGCGGGGUCGGGGUAUCAUGAUUUGCACGAGGUUAUGGCGCUGGGGUUGGAGGAGCCGGUGGGGUGGAUAAAUAUAUCGCUUGCGCAUGCGGGGAAGGAUGGAUAUCUGAAAGCAUUUCUAGUCCGGCUGAGUGUACUGCAGAACCACCAAACCGGCAAAGACACACAUAUUCGAGGCAUCCAGAUUCUGUCGCCGGAUCGACAAGUGAGUGAUAUUUUAGAUGAUGACGGGGUGCCGUUUAGUAGCAUUGCAUUGCUUGCCCAUAGCACGAUCAGAUAGUGGUCCUGCUAGGAGAUGAGGAGAUAUAUAUUGUUGCUAUUAAGAAACAAAGAGGGGAGUCAAUGGUCUGCAUAGGACUGUUGUCUGCAUACAAGAUAUUAAUACAUCUACGAUAUCCAACCAACUGAGGAGGACUGAGAAGGAAGACAUCCUAAGGAAGACAAGGACAUCUUCCCCUCCCCCACUCAGCCAGCAGCCUGCCCGCAGCCCGCCCUCAUCCGCCGCUGCAGCACCGUCGUCUCGCAAGUUCCAUGACGCCAUCACCUUCGCGCCGGCCAUUCACCAGGCCCGAAAAGCCAGGAGCACAGGCAGUAAGCGGUUCCGGCGGGGCCCGUGAUUGGCCGGGAAGGCUCCGGGGAGGCCCAGGCAGCCAUGUGGCUUGGGUGCUGCGCCACGUCGGAGCGAGUGGCGGCCAAUCGGAAAGGUUCGAAAACCAAACCGGCUGCGGUGCUGUAUAAAAUACUCGACUACUCUUGCUGCUCCUUCUCUUCUUCC